AUGUCUACAGUCCGCUCGGAUGACAUCCCAACGCUUGAUUACCUCGGGGUAAUCAAGGUUUUUACCCAAACGGCCGAACCUUCGACCGGUGGACCGAGUACUUCGAGCAGUCAAAAUGACUGGACUAGAUCAUUGGAAGAGCAGAUUAUCGACCAGAUCGACUGUGCGCAAAUUACCGGUGAGUUUAGAAUCGAUUCCAAAUUUUUUCUGACCAAAAAUUAUAUUACACUAGGCAACUUGAAGUCAACGACCCUCUAAAAUAAUAUCAAUUCCAGGCGAGCUGCCUCGAACAGCCAACAAAAAGACCGUUCCGUUGAAGAUUCACGUCUCCACACUUGGGGUCAAGUUCGUGAACCCAAAAAGUAACCACUGCACGCAAAGAUUGGCUAUGCACAAGUUAAUUCAGUGCAUCUGCUUUGAUGCCGACCAUGAUGGACUCAUAAAUCUCGUAAUUUUGGAGCAAUUGAAUGGCAGUGAUCAUGGUUUGGCGCAUUUGUUUCAAACCGGCGACGAGAGGAUCGCGGAUCAGCUCUGUCGCCAAGUGGGAGAAGCCUUUUAUCAGCUGGAAGAGGAGGCCAGAGAGAGGGCCCAGGCCGAACAACAGCGACGGGAGGCCGCCAAGAAGGAAAGGGAGAGGUUGAAGCGACAAAAGAGUACCGAGUCUUCCAGAAAGGUCACCUAA